CUCGUCAGUAACAUAUAUCUAACCUCGAUAUCUCGCCCUGUUUCUCAUAUUUUUUUCAGGUCUAUGUCUGAGCCAAACGCUAGCCUUCCUCAAGAACUCGUAGAUGCAAUUAUCGACGAACUCUAUGAUUGUCGCAGUGCCCUACUAUCCUGCUCUCUAGUCUCACAUACAUUUGUCUGUCGAACUCGCCGUUAUCUUUUUGAGGUUCUCCGACUUUCCAGCCACAGAUCGUGUAGACACUACCUCAAGUUGACCUCACAGUCGACGACCUCCUCUCAUCUGCCGCUCUUCGUGAAGCGUGUUGAACUCCGAGGUGGAAGCCAUCUGCAUGCCAGCCAAAGCCUUGCCCAUAUUCUCCUUUUGGUCAAAAAUGUGGAGCACCUCAAGCUUCAUGAUAUUCAGUGGAUAAAGUUUCCUCGCGCGACGAAAGUUGCCCUAUCUUCGCAUUCUUAUCGAUCUAUCUCCUUAAAGUGCACGGAAUUGCCCGGUUUUCUCAGUUUGAGCUAUCUCCUUGAGGGAUCACGACAGCUGCAGCAUCUUUCUAUCGACCGUUUAACACUCCCUUGUACUGUGGCAUGCCGACCAAACGUAGUAUCCGCAUAUAUCGACACCCUGACGGUCCGUUCAACUGAUAUAGAUGUUUUGAAAGGCUUUAUUUCUGGGUCAUGCGGCUUUUUCUCGUUGGACCGACUGCAAACCCUCCAAUAUACCAUAUACUGGAAGGGUAAUGGUUCGGUCAUUCGUGGGAACAACGAUAGGGCCAGUCUGAAACUGCUGCUGCACUCUCUAAAAUCAAACCUGAAGCAUUUGCAUAUCAUCGAAAAAAUAUAUCAUGCCAUCCCAGAGAUGCCCCAGAAUCUCCUUCCGGUAGACCUGGAUAUCAGCUGCCUUCAUCGUCUGACUAUCGACUUAAGUGACUGUAACGUCUUUCAAGAUAGUACGCACGCCUUUUGCCUCCUUCCUCGCUGGAUCAGCGUGCUCCAGAACUGUCCCUCGAGCUUAUUGCCGAAGCAAAUAUAUAUCUGUCUUACUCGGGUCCAAUCCACAACCACUCAAGACUUUUCCGUCUGGUCAGGAUUGGAUGAUGUUCUGGGACUGGCUUCUGUGUCUUUGGAGAUCACCGUGCGUUCCUCUGUCGUUGACGAGAUCCCUAGUGUGGUGGACGCCAUCAAGAGUCAGUUGCCUAUGCUUUGUGAGCGUGGCCUCGUCAGUUUUGAAAUGAUAGGAGUCUUCAAUGGCAGACCAAGGACCUGAUUCAGGCAUGGUUGUGAUGAGCGGACGGCGUUUCGUAUGCGUAGUGGCAAGGUUCUGAACAUUAUUCAAUGAAAUAUAACUACUCUCGCGACGAACAGGGAAGACAGUUCGUUCCGCAUGACGUGUAUUCAAUGUUGAAAUGCUGU